GUCACUUGGCCAAUUCCUGGAGUGACAGUAGAAGUGAGUCAAGUUUUUGGCGCCGUUGCCGGGGACGGCUAGGUUGUUGAAGAAAAGUGGUUUCUGUUAAUUUAGCUUUUCUUUUUGCUUUGUUUGCUUUGUCCCACUUGUGCCUUCACGGGUUUGCUUGCUUGAGUGUGUGCAGGUAGUGCAUGACCCGUAGCCAGUCAGGAGGUUUACUGCCGUUGAUUCCAGAGAUUGACCGCACCUGUCGCAAGCUCAGGAGACAACAGCGAGCUAGACUGGCUACGGAAGAGCGCAUAGACGGCCACCUGAGUAGCGAUUCUGAAGAAGAGUGCGGGAUGGACGGAGACUACAAUCAGCACCAGGGGAAUCCUCAGCAGGUUCCCCCGGUGAAUCAGGUCCUGGGGAACAACCCCAUACCCCAGGAUCAUGGAGUUCAUCAUCCACCGCAGCCGGGUCCCACCUUGGAGUACUACUACACUCCGCGGAUUGCUGACAUCCGCCCGGUCAUCCUCUACCCGCCUAUUCCAGCAAACAACUUUGAUAUCAAGCCAUGCUGGAUUCAGCUCAUUACAUCCUCUAUCCAGUUCCAUGGCUUGAAGUAUGAGGAGGCCAGGGUACAUCUUUCCCGUUUUCUACAGCUGACGAACGGGUUCAAGCUGAAUGGUGUCCCGGAUGACGCGAUCCGCCUUCAUCUCUUCCCCCAUUCUCUGGCGGGGAAUGCUAAGAGGUGGUUGGAGACCCAGCCCCCAUUGUCCAUCACCUCUUGGGACGAUCUGGCUGACAAAUUCGUGCACAGGUACUAUCCGGCAUCGAAGACUACAGAGAUCCAACGGGAGAUCACUCACUUCCGCCAAGAGCCAGAUGAGUCACUUCGUGAUGCAUGGGAGCGGUACAAGGGAUAUUUCUGGCAGUGUCCCCAUCAUGGCUUCAGUGAUGCAUUCACAGUGGGGAACUUCUACAGUGCCCUCUCUCCAGAUAGCCAGAGGGUGAUUGAGUCUCUAUGCCCAGGAGGGGAUAUUCUUACUAAGACUCCACCCGAGCUGAACCAGAUGAUCAAUACCUUGGCUGCCAGGGAUCAUUCUUGGGGGCAGAGCAGCCGAGGCAGACAGUCCCGGGACCGUGGUGUGCACGCCAUGGAGACCAGAUCCGGGCUCGAGCAGAAGGUAGCUGAGCUAGUGCAGACGUUGAAGCAGCCCAACAGUCUUAUUCCGGGCAGAGGUUUGGCUACACCUCCAGUUGCUCAAUGCCAGUGGUGUGAGAGCUCGAAUCACCUAGUGGAGGACUGCCAGGCUAUGAGGGAGUCUACCACUCCCCAAGAGCAGUUGGACUUCAUCGCCAAUGCUCGGCGCCUUGACCCGUACAACAGCUCAUAUAAUGAGGGGUGGCGCCAGCAUCCCAACUUCGCCUAGAGCAGCAACACCACUAAACCACCUGGUUUCCC